ACUCUAUGAUUGAACAACGUUUGUCAAAUAAAGCCAAAAGUGCUAUAAUGUUAUUUUCCUAAAAAAAAUUGGAACCAAACAAGGGCAUAGUAUUAUAUCUGUACACGGCUAACUACUUGUCGCCGUCUCUGUCUAGUCCGAUACGUACAGCUCAUACCUAGUACGUGUCUGCUUGGUUCGCGAUACGUACGGUUACGGUACGGUAUAGGAGGAGGAGUCAGCUAGCGCUGGUCUGUCUGUCCGUGUGUAGUAUAUAUUCAACCCGGCCGGCCGAUCCUAGCUAUACCGUGUCAUCGUGUGUCAGUGUACCUUGAUCGAUCGAGCGCGGCUCUAAUUUCCCGAUCACAUCAGAGAUGAUGGGAUGCUUUCACGUCUCACCAUCGCCGGCGGCAUUUUCCGUGGCGCAGCAGCCUGCUGCCGUCGCCGGCUUCCGGCAGGUGGUUGGUCGGCGUGCGCACUGCUUGCACUCGCCCUCGCCGCCGCGGCUGAGCCUACGCCUGACCGAGACUCGCCGCCCACGCCUUGCCAUCCGGGCGCACAACCCUGUCGGCGACGGCGAUCCACAUCCUGCUAAUCGACGACGUAGAAGGGAGAAAAAGCCCCAUAAUUUCCCAAAGGAAGGGCGUCACAUCUCUUCACUCCUAAUGAAACUCUACCGCGUUUUCGAUGGACUACUGCACUACAAUUCCGGGGAAAAUACUCGAUGUUUCUGCGGAUUAGCAGACAAUGCUGUCACCAUGGCUUCCCAUGUCGUGGAUAGCGCAAGCCUGAAUCCCACUACGCCCAGUGAGAUCUCCAGGGAAACGGUGCACAGGACUCUCGGUGUCUACGUCCAAAUCUUUGUGCAAACCGCAGAUGACACGUUCAACAACACUGUCAGCAAGGAGACUAUCACAUCGUUUCUCGGUGCCCUCAGAGGUGUGGCCUCUGUUGCCCACAUCCUGCUCCAAGCUGCUCUCGAAGGCCUCAGCCAGGAGCACCCAAAAGAGAGCCUGUCAGAGUAUGCCUUCAACUGUGAUGUGAAGAAGAUACACCGCGUGUAUGACCGACGGAUGCGUGAGCUCGAAGAUGGCAUCCGGAACGCUCCAACAGAAAUACAUACAUGCAAGAUUUUGAUGCCGACAAUCUGUGAAGGCAUGGAAGCUACAGAAUCCUUCGUCGCGCUCAUGAUGGCUCGCCGGAAAAGAACACUAGAAAAAAUUCAGAGCAAAGUAGUAGAGUAAUAGUUUUACCUAUAUUAAUUGUAUAAGGAUACUCUUAUUUUAUUUGUAUAUAUAAAGCGAAUUGAUCUA